GGCCGAUAUUUAGUUGUGCAUAAGGACUCCUUUCAAACGGCACCGACGUACACGCUCAGUCGUAAACGAACUCUUGAAAGGCGAAAGAUGUGCUUUUAUUGUGUAGCCGUACUCACGGUCGGUUUCCAAGACUUCUAUUUUGUCUGCUCUUAUUGUGUAGCCGCGUUUACCCGGAAGUAGUAGUGUCGACCCAGAUGUCUUCCGUCCUGAAUAUUUUGACAACAGCGACAUCUCUUAUCGGAACGAAACAUGUAAUUUGACGAUAUUCACGUUGCGAGCGAGACAAGUGUGGCUAGGCAUAUAGUUUUUAAUGCAUUUACGGAAGUAAAACUACGGGGAAAAGCAUUUUUUUUUUUUUAAAUCAAUGGACAUUUUUUUUUCUGUUGAGGCGCACGUAGCGUUGUCAUUUUCCGCUCCAUCGCUGCCGCAUCUGGGCAUGGCCAGUUAACGUGUUUGCAUUACCAAGUACGUACUCAACAGCGUGUCGCGGCCCUCGCAAGGAGGGAAAUUUACCCUUCGGGCCUUGUGUUGUUGCUGUAGGCGUGACAGCAAUGAGCUUCUUCAGUUUCGGACAGAGUGCGGACAUCGACGUGGUGCUCAACGACGCCGAGACGAGGAAGAAGGCUGAGCACAAGACGGAGGAUGGCAAGAAGGACAAGUAUUUCCUCUUCUACGACGGAGAGACCGUCAGCGGCAGGGUCAACGUCACGCUCAAGAGCCCCGGAAAGAGGCUGGAGCACCAGGGCAUCAAGAUUGAAUUUGUCGGACAGAUUGAACUGUAUUAUGACCGUGGGAACCACCAUGAGUUUGUGUCCCUGGUGAAAGACCUGGCAAGGCCCGGGGAGAUGACCCAGUCGCAGACGUUCGACUUUGAGUUCACUCAUGUGGAGAAGCCUUACGAGUCCUACACAGGCCAGAAUGUCAAACUCAGAUACUUCCUGCGUGCAACCGUGAUAAGAAGACUUAACGAUAUCAGUAAAGAGUUGGACAUUGUUGUGCACACGCUGAGCACGUACCCCGAACUGAACUCCUCCAUUAAAAUGGAAGUCGGCAUUGAGGACUGUCUCCACAUUGAGUUUGAGUAUAACAAAUCCAAAUACCACCUGAAAGACGUCAUUGUGGGGAAAAUCUAUUUCCUGUUGGUGAGGAUUAAGAUAAGACACAUGGAAAUCGACAUUAUUAAGCGGGAGACAACCGGAACGGGCCCGAGUGUCUACCACGAAAACGACACCAUUGCCAAAUAUGAGAUUAUGGAUGGAGCACCAGUCAGGGGUGAGUCCAUCCCCAUUCGAUUGUUUCUGGCCGGCUACGACCUGACUCCCACCAUGCGAGACAUCAACAAGAAGUUCUCAGUGCGCUACUACUUGAACCUGGUGCUGAUCGACGAGGAGGAAAGGCGCUACUUCAAACAGCAGGAGAUCACGCUGUGGCGAAAAGGUGACGUGGUGAGGAAGAGCAUGUCCCACCAGGCCGCCAUCGCCUCCCAGCGCUACGAGGGCUCAGCCACCUCAGAAAGCGCGUUGGAGCAAUGCACCAAGGAGGACAGUGGGUACGAGCCUCGCCUUAGACUGGACCGGGGAUCUCCGUGAGGCAACAUCCGUCCAAGCAAGGAAGAAGGAUCAACCGAGAUGGGAUAAGAUUUAUCUUUCCUUGCUUUUUUUUUUUUUUCCCUUCAACGGGAAUCAAACUAAAAUCACCUCACAUUAUAAUUCUUGAGAUUUCCAUGCUAACGUCAUUCUGUGUGUACUCAACGUUUUUACAGCUAUUUGAUUUAGAACCUUGAAUAAGUGACAUUCCGGUUAUGAAGAACUCAAAUGUGAAAUGCACUCAUGUCGUCCUAUGUCUGGAUGUGUAAAUAAGAGCGGUGCAAAUCAGCAUUCCAGGAGGAUUACUAGGCUGCCACAUCCAAGUGUUUAGUUUGUUUAGACACACGUGCGUACUCCUGCCUCCAAACCUGAUUUUAGUCUUUUAAAGCAGAGUUACCGUAGAACUAUAUAGAUCUUUUUGCAAAGUGCUGAUGGCUGAUUGUCCACCACUUGUCAAAUAAAAUGCCAAAUGGAAAAACA